GCGGGUCCAGCCGUGUCAGCUGUAAUGAAGCAGUGUGAUAUGUCGUACCGGACGGACCCCCUGACACCUCGCACUUUCUCCUCUUUGUCCCUAUAGAAGAUGGUGGCUGGCGGCUAGUUCCAACUUCGGACGCCUUGUUCUUUCCCUCAGCGAAGCGCACUGAAAUCAGUUGAGGGGUCCUGAGAUGACGGAAGUAGAGCCAGUGUUGGACUUUGCCUCCUCCGGGCGCUCAGGGAGAAGAAACGCCCUGCCUGACAUCCUGGGCUCUCCGGCAGGUGUAAACCCUGGUGACCUGCCUCUUAAGCUGGCAGAGCUGUCCCUCAAAGAUGGUCCGGGAGGGGCCCAGUCACCUACGGCGGAGGAGCCUCCAGCACUGCCGGAGAGCUCAGAGGGGAAAGAGGGAUCGUAGGGACUCAUCUGUUCGCCUCUCCGGAGACCUGCAAAGAUAACCUGAGAGACGGGAUGAGGAACGAGAUAGAGGACGACCUGUGGGAGAAAGAGUGAUUAUCUGUGGAGAGUCAGUCUGUUUGCGAAGCAGCUGAGCCACGGAGGGAGAGUGACGAACCGACUCCCGAAGGAGCCGGGAGCUUAGGACUGUUUGGCACUCAGUGCUAUCUGAAAGAAGUCAGACGUCACUUAGUUAUGAACCAAUGAGUGAGUGAGUGUGUGUGUGUGUGUGUGUGUGUGUGUGUGUGUACACAGGUGAGAUAUACACUCACCUCGGACACUAUGCUGAUAAUCAAAGGGACCAUGACAGAUUGUAUACUGUACACUACUAUUUUUAUAUGCUUUAUUUAAAACUAAAGAGAAACAGGAAGUCGUAAGCGAAAUUGAGUGUAGUUUCCUUGCACUUCCUGCUGUUUUCUGUUUUAUAGUGAUGUGUGUUAUUUUACAUUGACAAUAGCGGGAGGGCGUUUGAUAGCAGCCUGUAGUUGUUGGAAGCUUUUUAACCCAGCUGGAUGCAAAAUGGCACAUGACGUAUGAAAACGGUAGAUUUAAAAAAAAAAACUGGGAAGCGUUUGUGUUGUCUUGCUCACUUCCGUAUGCUUUUACACUAAACGUGUAAGACCUACUGUAUUUUCAAAUCUGAGACUGUUGUACAGUAUAUCUACAUUGUAAAUGUACAGCUUGGACCCCUCAUCACCAGACUGUUUUGAUCCUAGCAACAACAACCAGGGAUUUGAUCCAUUUUUCUAGGUGCCCGUGUGGUGCGAGGUGAUAGCGUGGAAGAGCCGUCCAUCUCUUGAGACAUUCCUUUAGAGAAUAGUGUCCCACUGCCAGCAGUGUACACGCUGCUUCAUUACUGAGAAAAAAGUCAGAGAUUUCCUUUAGUUUUUUGCUCAAGGCUGCUUUUAAAAGUCUCGUCAUUUUCCAAACCUCUGAAAAUGUGCCUAGUGGCAGUUCACAACCGAAAACCUGUGUUGUGUUCUUUCUCUGUGAAGUACUGUUAUCCACUAUUUUGGGCUACUGAUAUUUCCUCAGUUUUAGUAGGAGGUAUCAUAACACCUCUUUACUGCUUGAACUGUAAACGAAAGGGGGGGAAAAAAACACUUUUGUAACAUUCUACUAGCCUGCAUCUGCAGAUCUGUCAGGAAAAGCAUUCAGUUUCGCAGAAUCUUCAGCAGGGCUUUUGGUUUUGCGGCGCGAGGCUCCUCGCACACGCUUCUCAUAGCAACAGCAGCAUAUGCCCGCGGACUGGGCACGGGAGCAAGCAUCAAGCAACACCACCGCCGCAGUGUGUUUGGAGCGCACACUGACUGCGUGGAGAAAAGUCUGUUCACACUCAUCAACACAUAAGCAGAGCUGUGAAUAGGAUGCAAGGCGGGGAGCGAGGAACACAGCGAGAGAGUCCGCAUUUGUCUGCUGUCCACUCACUGCUACUGUAUAUAUACCGUGUUGUAGUAUAACCCAUGUGUCAUACAUGCUGCCUGUAUGAUUACCAGACUUUAGUGACAUGCUGUACCCACAAAGAAAUGAUGUUCUGUAAUUGUCUCUAUUUGAAGAUGUUUUACCGGUGGCCGUGUCUUUAUGUGGAUGUGUUUCACAAAUGCAACAAGGAAAGCCUGAUGUGCUGCUGCCCAGCCUCUGUUUCUGAGGCAGUGUUACUACUAAUGCUGAUGAGGAAGUGUUCGCGGUCUAUCCGAAGCUGUAUGAUCAACACUUUUUUGAUGGUUGAUGAAUCAGAGGUGUA